UUGAAUUUGAUUUACAUUAUUGACUUACACUAACUAGAUAUUUGUACAUUAAUUACAUAACUUUUACAUACAAAAAAAUUAUAUGGUGCUGCCAUUUUAGAAUUAGUUAGAUCUCUCGGAUCACGAGUGCUGUUUUUAAAGUUACUAUGGCGAAGGAAACAGCUCCGAUGCUACUAGACAUAUAAAUCAGAUGCCUAAAAGUCUUAAUUACCUUGUUCUGACCGCGUACACCGAUAUCUUGUAUUUCUACCCGCCUCUUCGGGAGAUCUCCUAGGACACCGGAUGAGUAUUCUUCAUCCACCACAAUCUCCAGCUUCAUUAUCGGCUCCAACAGUUGAAUCGAGCUCUUCUGCAUCAACUAAAUGUAUAAUAUUUUACAAAAUUGGCUAGCUAAUCAAAACCAAUGGGACACUAUCUUUAAAACGUUUUUUUUUCUCAAUUUCUCAUUAUUUUCUCAAUAUUUUAGUAUUUCACAUUUACAAUUUAUCCAUAAUUAUGGAUAAUGUCCAAUAAAGGAAUUGCAUCGACAAAUUGUUGAUUACUCUAUGUUAAAAAAAAUUGACUGGCGUGGGAAAAGCAUAGCUACCAGUACGAAUUGUUCUUCAUAUCGAAUCUAGCCUCGCUUUUUCGGCAGCGAGGCAGUCGGUAAACAAACAAGCGAACAGAAAGAUGUAAAUUUUACGGAGUAAAUUCACAUUAAUGAUUCCCAAUUUGGACAAAUAAUUUCGAGGUUUAAUGGUUGCUGGAUAUGUCUCCCUACUGUACAGCAUCAGCGACAAGCCAUUAGAGUACUGGAGCAAACAUCAAUCUCAGUCGGGUCGUAUUCGUAAAAUCCUCGAUUCAGAUUUGCUGGAAAAUGUCAUUGAGGUACAGGACUUGGAACAACCUAACGACUAUGGAACCUCUAUUCUUUGUCCGCCUGAUCCGUCACAAUUUCUUAAUAUCGAAUUACCGAUUCUAGUCAUCGUGAUAAGAAACCUGAACUUACACUGUCGCUUACAAGUACAGGUAGUGGACACCCAAAACUGUCUGCAUCAUUUUCAAUUUACCAAUGCGGAAUCCGAGAGGUACAACUCCAGGGGUGUAAUAUGUCGUGUGAGGGUGAAACUAGAAACUGGAUGGAACAAAUUAGAACUAAAUUUAUCGCAAUUAACACAAACUGCCUUCAAUAGCAUUUAUGCUUUCACGCAGAGACUACAGAUAUAUGGCAACUGCCGUCUUAGGAGGAUCUAUUUCAUAGACAAGCACUAUGACCAUCAAGAGGUAUCUCCUGAACUUUACCAUAACUUCCUGGAUGCCUACAUGUUGAAAUGGGGUAUCCACGGUGUAGACAAAUCAACCCAAACCAAUACCAAGAGAACCAAAAGCAGAAUUAGAGAGACUAACAAUCAAAAGAACUCGACCAAGGUUUUUAACGAAGGCAAUGCCUACACCGAAGGAAACACUGAUAUCAAGGGUACCAAACAGAAACUGAUCGAUCAGAAUUUUCUGCGAAAUUUGCAGAUCAAGAACGAUUUAUUGAUUAACGACUUCUUCGAUCGACAAUCUGGCAAGUUACCACGGGCGACAGAAUUUAAACAACAUGCGAAGUUAAAGCGUUAUGCUUUCCGGAUGAUUGACACGACCCCCAAGUGCUACGAUAUAAUAUCAGACGAUACAUUCAAAAAGAUCAAUAUUCUCAAAACUCUCACGGAUACACAGUCACCCAACGAGGAGAUAAUAAAAAAAGAAGAGACUGCAAGAAGUAUGCAAGAAAAAUGGCAGCAUAGAUACUAUCUGCGUCACGAAGAGGCGAAGAGCUGUGAUCCAAUCAAACAUAAUGUGAAAAGGACCAUGCUGGACCGUAAACCUAAGUCUAUGUUAAUUUUGUCAGAAGCGAAGGAUUAUAAUGAAAUUAGAAAAGUUGUACAGCCUAAGAAAGUAAGCUUGACGAUCAAACAUCAAGAUAGCAACAUGUUUGUCAAAUAAAUGCGGAGAUAUUUACAGUA